CUGCUAUUUAUGCAAACAACGUCCAAACUUCUCCUUUAUGCGAAAGGCUGGCGACAUGGGUUUGAGAUUGCUCGAUGUGGGGACUACCCGGAGCACGUGACUGCGCCCCAUAGCAAAGCCUUGGAACGUGAAGCGAGGGCAUUCGCCAUGACGAUGCAGCUGCAGCAGAGGUAAACUCAUCACGAGCCUCUUGUCCCAACGAAGCCGGCAUCAGCCACGCCUUCCUCACCGAUCCUCCAUCUGUGCUCCGCAACACGCCGCAUUCUUCGCGAACCGAUUGAAGCCUUUUAUACACUCCAAAGUCGUGUUGUUUGUCUGUUUGAGAUCACGCCCAACCCGUCAGGAGCCAGGCACCGCACACAUCCACCACCAGCGCCAUGACUUCGCUGGGUGAGGAGCUGCUCAACAUCGUCAAUAGACUUCAGGAUCUUGUCUUCAACACCAUCGGAAAUGAUUCCCUCGACUUGCCUCAGAUUGUCGUUGUAGGGUCGCAGUCAUCUGGAAAGUCAUCGGUGCUUGAGAACAUCGUUGGCAGAGACUUCCUGCCUCGAGGCAGCGGCAUCGUCACCAGGCGGCCACUGAUCCUGCAACUCAUCAAUCUUCCAAGCGACGAAGAUGCAGACGAAAGCGACGAAGUCCACGUCCCACAUACUCCUGCAAGCGUAGCCGCCGGCCAACAAGAAUGGGGGGAAUUUCUACAUGUUCCCGGACGGAGGUUUUACGACUUCAGCGAGGUCAAGCGCGAAAUCGAGAAUGAAACCUCGAGGAUAGCAGGAAACAACAAGGGCAUCAACAGGCAGCCAAUCAAUCUCAAGAUUUAUUCUCCGCACGUCCUCAGCUUGACGCUGGUCGAUUUACCUGGUUUGACCAAGGUACCCAUCGGCGAUCAACCUACAGAUAUCGAGAAGCAGACUCGCAACCUCAUCACCGAGUACAUCGCGAAGCCGAAUAGUGUAAUCCUCGCUGUCUCGCCCGCAAACGUUGACCUCGUGAACUCGGAAGCCUUGAAGUUGGCCCGACAUGUUGAUCCUAUGGGCAAAAGGACGAUUGGUGUCCUUACCAAGUUGGAUCUCAUGGACCAUGGCACAAACGCUAUGGAUAUUCUCUCUGGACGCGUGUACCCACUCAAACUGGGUUUCAUCGGUAUCGUCAAUCGUUCGCAACAAGAUAUCCAGGGCAACAAGUCGCUUUCGGAUGCUUUGCAAGCUGAGCGGGACUUUUUCAAGCACCACCCGGCAUACAGGAACAUGGCGAAUCGGUGCGGCACUCAGUUCCUUGCGAAGAGCCUGAACCAGACCCUCAUGGCCCACAUUCGGGAUCGAUUACCAGACAUCAAAGCACGGUUGAACACAUUGAUGGGGCAGACGCAACAAGAACUAGCAAGCUACGGCGAUGUAGCAUUCACUGGAAAGGAGCAUCGAGGUUCGCUUAUCCUCCAACUCAUGACCCGCUUCGCCUCAUCGUUCAUCUCGUCCAUCGAUGGUACAUCUACAGAAAUCUCGACCAAGGAGCUGUGUGGUGGUGCCAGAAUCUAUUACAUCUUCAACUCGGUCUUUGGCAACUCCUUGGAGCAAGUAGAUCCGACAGUGAACCUCUCAGUUUUGGAUAUCCGCACAGCCAUUCGAAACUCGACCGGUCCUCGACCCAGCUUAUUCGUACCUGAGCUGGCUUUCGACCUCCUCGUCAAGCCCCAGAUUAAAUUGCUAGAGAUUCCCAGUCAGCGUUGCGUGGAGCUUGUAUACGAGGAGCUCAUCAAGAUAUGCCACACUUGCGGAUCCACCGAGCUGACUAGAUACCCCAGACUGCAAGGAAAACUUAUCGAAGUUGUGUCUGACCUUCUGCGAGAGCAGCUAGGGCCUUGCUCGCACUAUGUUGGCUCAUUGAUUGAUAUCCAGCGAGCCUACAUCAACACAAACCACCCCAACUUCCUUGGUGCAGCUGCGGCUAUGUCGUCGGUGAUCAACGACAAGGAGCAGAGGGAGAAGAAGAUUGCUAUGGAGCAAGAGAAGAAAAGGCGAGAGCAGAGGAGGAUGAAAGAGCUCAAUGGCCUCAACGGGGCAGGGAACCCCGAGGAUGGCGAAGAGGCAGAAAACUCAGUCGCAAAACCCCUCGCAGUCCGAAAACACCAAGCGCAAUCCAGUCGCAGUAUGUCGCCAGCAGUCGGACGCUUGAUCAAUGGUACUUCUAGCAGUGCGCUGAACAACCGUAACCGAUCUCCACCAGCUAGCGGAGCUCGCGAUAGCUUUUUGACCUACUUCUUCAGCAAGGAUAGUCAGACAGCAUAUGCUAGCCCGGCACAAGCGGCAGAGCAAGCGGCGCUCGAGAACCGUCCUGGAAGUCGGCAUGUUAGCCAGAACACUGAGCCUAGCUUUGCUCAGAGCAUUCGGAGAGGUGACACGAGGCAACCCACUCACGUGUUGGAGAUGCUUCCGAAUGAUGAUGAUUACGACAAUCCAAUGAGUCCUAUGAUUCGGGAGUCCUUUGAAGGUGGCUUCCCCUCCAACCCUGAGUCCGCACCCGCUCUUACGGACCGGGAGGCCCUAGAGACCGAACUCAUCCGCCGUCUCAUUUCCUCAUACUUCAAUAUUGUUCGGGAAACCGUCGCGGAUCAGGUUCCCAAGGCGAUUAUGCACCUACUAGUCAACCAUUCGAAAGAUGUUGUUCAGAACAGACUCGUCUCAUCACUCUACAAGGAGGACUUGUUCCAGGAACUCCUCUAUGAAGAUGACACUAUUAAAGCAGAACGCGAGAAGUGCGAAAAGCUGCUCAAGACUUAUAAGGAGGCGGCCAAGAUUGUUGGUGAGGUACUGUAAGAGAUACUGUUUGGAUUACUUGUAGGUUUACAAAAUGUGCGAAUAGUCGCUCGCUGUACUUGGAAACGGACGCUGUUCUCUUAGCUCAUUGAUUGUGCCGCCAUACACAAGCAGGUCAGCGUCAGGAGGCUACUUUUGUCGGUAUUUUUUUGGCCUCCUGUGCGCGUUUUUCUACUCUUCUGCCAAUGCCUGACUGUUUAAGCGUGGCAGGGCGUUUGGAGGGUCCUUUUUUUGAAUUAGAUGUCGAAGGAGUGCAUGUAUCAUAGAGUACGGUGGAUGGAUGAGCUGAAAGAUGCACAGUGUAUAGAAUAUAUCACUCCAAAGUCAAAUGCUACUCCAGAUACGUGGUGUUGAGCAAAGACGUGAU